AUGUCCUUAAGCAGUUUCCAUCCCAACGGAGAAGAGGAAUCUACUUUUUUUCAGGGCGUUAAUGAUUUUACUAGGGAACUCCUAGAAAAGUUGGAAGAAAACUAUAUAAAUAAAGAUAGUAUCGAUGUUGCCUCAAUAUGCAGAGAGACAUUGCUUUUGCUUACUUCUAAACGAAUCGGAAACUGGUUCAAAGAUGAAGUAAGAAAACUAGGUGGUCUUGAUUAUCUGAUUGAUACAAUCUACGAGUUUAGCAAGUGUAUCCAAAAGAACAAAGAGCAUAGUAAAAGCUAUCAUGCUAAGGAUCGUUAUCUUAACUUCCUUGAAGAUAUCAUUAUAAAAACUCCUAAUAAUCAGAAUUAUUUGGUCAGUUAUAGAAAUGGAAUCUUACUUGAAUCCUGCAUUAGAUCUAUCAACACUUUAUCCCAUCAAAUUGAUUUGGCAAAUGACUUUAAUGUUGAUAUGCAGAAUUGCUUGUUUUCUACACUGAAAAUAAUGACAGAUCUAUCCCAUGAAAAUGCUUCUGGUUGUGAGAUUAUAUGUAAAGAAGAUGGUAGCCUUAAUUGUGUGUUGAGGUGUGCCCUUCAUAUAACACAAUAUCUUCCUGAAAAAAGCAAGUUUAACUUUGUUGCAGUGAGUCUUGGAUUGUUGAUUAACCUUGUAGAGCACAGCCAACAGAACGUCAGUUUUUUAAAUGCUACAUUUUCACCUGCUUGCUGUGAAAGCCAAUCAAGUGAAGACAUAGACAAUUUUACUGCAGUAGAAGCGCUUAUGCAACUUUUUUUGGUACGUCUAGAAAUGUGCAAAGAAGGCGAUCUUAUGGAGGAGCUUGACAAGUUAGAAGAUGAAAAUCGUGAAAGAGAAGCAGCAUUGCAUUAUGAAGAUGAUGAGUUUGCUCUUGUUUGUGGUGAUCGCUUUGAUGAUACAGUUAUUGAAAAUGAAGAGCAAGUAGUUAUAGAAACUGAACAACAAGCAGUUCCUCAAAUGCAGUUUAAAUCAGAUGAAAAAAAACCAGAAAAAAUUGUAUCUCGUCAUGGGACUUUAAAUGCUUCCGAAAAACAAGAUAUACAAAACACAUUAAACAAGGCUCAUAAACACAUGGAAGAUAGUCAUGUUGCUGCUUAUACAGCAAUUUUAAUAGGCUUGCUUCUUGAAAAUAACGAGGCAAACCAAAAGCUUGUACAUGGUUUGUUACCAGAUGGAGACUUCAAGCUUAUGCAAGGGAUGCUUGUUAAAAUUCUGUCAUUUAUGAAAUUCACAAAUGCCACUAAUGAACGUGGUUUGAAAGUUAUUGAGCGCAUUAUUGAACUUUAUGAUACCUGUUCUAAGAAAUUUCCAAGACAUGAAAGCAGCUUAUGAUACCUGUUCUGAGAAAUUUCUAAGACAUAAAAGCAGUUUAUGAUACAUGUUCUAAGAAAUUUCCAAGACAUGAAAGCAGUUCUCAGAAAUUUCCAAGAUAUAUAAGCAGUUUUAAGGAGUUUUCAAGACAUGAAAGCAGUUUUAUGAAAUUUCCAAGAUAUGAAAGCUGUUCUAAGAAAUUUCCAAGACAUGAAGGCGUUUUUAAAAAUGAAGGAACUUGUAAAUAAUCUUUAUAGUCACAUUUUUUGUGUUAUUCUUGUUUAGAGAAUUUUUUUAUUUUUAUUACAAAAACUUUAAAA